UUCUGCAGAGUGAUACCUGUGUACCCUCGCAUAAAUGUCUGCGUCCCCUCACAGAAUGCAACGUUCUGCUUUUCACUCUGUUUUCUCACCUUUAUCUCUUUUUCCAUUUUUCUUUUUCUUCCUUUAGUGAGGAAAAUCUCAUUGCUGCCCUUCAGGGAGGCCAUAGCAAGCAGGUGAUUUUGCACCACAGAAAUGGCUGUGCUUACAUUCAAUUAUCUUCUUGGGUGCCUGGCCCUACAAGCAAGCAUUCCUCACCAGAAAGCAUCUUUCUCCAGUUUUUGUAAGCUUCUUCUGAGCAUCAAUGGCUUGUGCCUGAUUAUGAAUCAAGAAGUUCUUCCAUAUGACACCGUAAAGUAGAAUUGUCUGAACAUUUUAAGUAGUUUAUCACUCAGUUGGAUACUGGGGGAAAAGACUUUUCAAAAGGUGCCUUAGAAAUGUCAUUUAAAGUCAAUUCUUCAGGCCAUGUAAGACCGUUGAAUAUCAUAUGGCAAUCUCUUUCAAACUCCAGUUGCCUGUUCCAUAUGAAAAAGUAAUGUAGUUUUGUCUUUUUUUUAUUUUUUGUGAGGCAUUUAGUUCAGAGAUUUAAAUGAAUCUAGUAAGUUUGUGUGCUACAUUACUUGGGAUAACACUUAUCUUGUGCUGGGAGAAUGAGAAAGUUGGUGGUCAGAACAUUGAGAGUGUUUGCUGAGUAGGCCUUGCUAUACUGAAAACAAAAUAUCAUCUGCUGUCUAGUUAUAGCAGGGAGAUGCUGGAAGAAUGGCAUUAUGCAGAACCUUACAUUUUGCUGCCUCAAUUUUUCAGCUUCAUUUUGCCAGCAGAGUAUGAAAAUGGUGGUAAAGACUUCAGCAGCUACCUGUAUGUCAUCAUCCUCUCUUCUAUCAACUCAAGUGUGCCACCUGACAAAUACAACACAACUUCUUAAUUUAAAGGUAGCUCCCUCAUGUUUUUAUUAGGGAUUCUGCACAGCAUACUGGUUUUCAAGGACAGUCACUGACCUAAGUGCAUCCCAUUUAGAUUCUGUGCAGUACUUGGCUGAUGGGACCCUCAGAGCUAAAGCUUGUAGAGCAGAGCCUGUAGGCUGUGAUUUUUCAAGGUACCACUCAAAGAGAGUUUACAGGCUGGGGUUGCUCAGUCUGACUGACAGAAAAACUCAUUGGAUAUCAGCUGCGCCAGCCCCAGUGGUUCUGCUCAAGGUGGUUUUAUGUCCAUAUUUUCUUCAGAUAACCUCUUAAUUACACUGAGCUUGUUAGAGACAUGAGUUGGGCUUGUUAGUGGUCUAAAUCUGCAGCACGCAAGCGAUAAAGAUUACAGUGGCUGCAUGAAUCUGCUUUGCUACCAAAGUGUUACCAAAUGUUCCAAAAUAAUGUUCUGUUCUGUUUUCUUGCAUGCAGAAGGGUUUCAGCCCACAGUUGCUAUGCAGUGUGUGGUAAGUGCAGCCUGUUUCCUCAGCAGGUUCCAAGGUGCAGAGAAGGGAUGGGGUGAGCUUUCCAGGAACUGAGGCACAACUACUCUCUUUGCAGACAGAUAACUGUGAAACUCCUCUUGUGGUCUUGAGAGACAAUUCUCAGAAAUACCAAAUUCUCUGCCAGAGAAUUUGACUCUAAGAGUCAUUAGGAAUCAGUGAAACCAUGUUACUUAUGUAUUUCUAUCUUUUGUCUGGCUGGGCACUCCUCUUGUUUAUGUGUUUCCUCCUGAAAAUUUUGCUUGUGCAUGUCAUUGAUGGUUCCUUUCUAAUUCUCUCUCCAAAUACAAGAAAAAAAGGAGAAGACCCUUACUUAUCUAUUGUGUAUAACUGAAACUCAUCACUUUAUGUAUAUGCCUCUAUCACUUGCUCUCUGAAGAGGUCCUGUGAGCAGCAAAAUCAACCUGGCUGCUCUCUUACUAAAUCGUGUCAUCGUGUCUCCUUUCUUUUCUACUUCCUGAUCUUUUCACAUCUAUCUAAUGCUAACAUGCUUGAAGAGACUCGAGUGGUGGCACUUCUGAAAAGGAAGAUGGGCUGGGUUUUGCUUGCCUCCCCUUUAGCAGAAAGGCUGAAUUUUCCUGUUUUCUACCCAGUAUUUAACAAAUGCAAGAACUGUGUCUUUAAAGGCACUACUGCCAUAUCUAGUUGAAUUUGCCUGCGUAAUUCAAAAGAAAGGGAAGGAGAACAACUGAAAGAUAGGCAGGAUGGUGGCACAAACCCUUUUUCCUUAGGCAACCAAACAGAAAGAUGUCUGAUAUAUAUCUUGUGGGGAUUACAGAGCUAAACAGAUCUUUGUAGUCUUGUUUCUCUCCUGCUCGAGCUGGAAUGAGUAGUCCUGGUUAUGAUGCUUGAGCUGGGGGAUACAUACUGGGUACUGUCAUGGAAGUUUGUCACUUGUAGGUUUACUUUCUGCUCUUGCCUCUUCCCUGCUAGUAAUUGCAGUGUGCACCCAGAUAUUCUUCUGGAAGAUGGGAUCCAGAAAAGCACAUCAGGAAUUGAGAAUAUCUGUUCCAGCGUAUAUUCCCUGGCAUUUGUCAUGCAUGGCUUUCUUCUGUGGCCACAUUGCUCUGUCAGCUUGGUUGGCCCUUGUGGCUUCUUGAGGCCCUGUGUAUACCUAACUAAAAGGAAACUCUAUAUCUCGUGUGGCAUGACCUGCAGUCACUGCUGCUUGCCUCUUCUAUGAGUAAUGUGGACGUUAUGCUCUCGUGAUAGUAAAGACUUAACUCAUGUUGUGAUUAUUCAUUAUCUGACUGUUGCACAUCUGUGGACAGAAGCUGUAUCCACAGUAGCUAUUUUUCAGCUGCUACAAACCGAUGCUGAGCAGUUUUUGCUAAGAACCAUGCACUGCCUUCACCAAUUUUGGUUAAGAUGGCUUUCUUACAGCUGCCUGUAGCUUUGGUAGUUUUUAGUAGUCUGGCUGAUGCAUCCCUCUUUGUUGUGUUCACCAUCCUAGGCUGAAUGUCCUUGGAAAAUUUCAGAUGUUUCUGAGAAGCAAUACAUGAGGCAAUACAUGUGAUAGUAAUUUUAAAGGAGUUCAUCCUAAUGUUUUGUUUUCCUUUUCUGCUCUUAUGUGAAAGAAGCAAUUUCCACUGUUUUCUCUCCUGGAGGAGAUUCAGAUGGAUCUGUUUACUGGCAUAUCAGAGCUUGCAUUCAUUUGUCACGAAAUCCCUUUAAAAGUCUGAAAGAAAUCAUUGCUGAAUGUCACUGUCAGAAGAUGCCAGCUUGUGCUUAUGGAGAUUCAUUGAAUCCCAGUGCUGAGGGAGCCACUGCACGCAUGGCACAACUCUUUCUCUGACCUGAGGAGGCUCUAAUGUAGUAGGAUGUGAUCUGCCUGUCACUGCCACUGAGAUCACAUUGCCUGUACCUACUGAGCAGGACUGAUCAACAAAGGUGAGCUGUUAUCACUAUGAGCGUGCUUUCUAGAGUGACUACAGCCAACUUUGUCAUGAAUGUUCGGUCUCACAUCUGAAGAAAGGGAUUGGUUGAGUUCCUCUCUGCCAGUACGAAUUGUGGUUGAUGUGUGGACUUGUCCUACCAUCUCUGAGUUAGUGGUGUGCAAAGGGCAGAUGUGAAGCACCCAUUUCCUUUGGGCCCACUGGCAGCACAGGACAUGGAAGCUCUUGAAGUUGAUGAUAUUAGCCCUGCCUUGGAAGUGACUGAAGACUUUUUCAAUAGUUUUGAUACUAAGCUUGAGAAGAUUGUGCAGCCCUCUGGGGUAUUUGGUGUCCAGGAGGUGCCUGAGCUGGUUGGGCAUGAGGUGUUUCAUCAGAUAACAGAGAGCAGGAAUCUAAGGAACGUCGCCUCCUUAGCCAAAAGUAGCCUCAUUUGGGAUCACUGCAAAAAUGGCCUCUUGGAAACGAAAGCCCAGACAGCACUCUCUGCCAAAGAUCAGCAUGUGGUGCGGAGGGGAACAGCUGCUGACAACCUUGCUUGGGCAGGGGAAGGAGAGACUGCUGCUUUUAACAUCUUCAACAUCUGCCAGCGGAGGAGGGACAGGCCUCGGUCAGUGAAUGACAUCCUGGUGCGGAAUGAAGAAGCCUCCACGUUCAAGCCAGGACACAACCGCUCACGCUCUGAUAUCAGCCAUGUAAACUGGGGAGUCGUCUUCACUGGCACCUCUCUGCAGCAGCCAGCUCUGCCAGGUCAGGACAAUAACUGCGCUCUGCUCUCCUACCUGGCACUGACCAAGGGACAAGACAUCCAAGGAAACACAGAACACAAGCCUACGUUCCCAAAUAUUCUGAAGAAGGGAUACUUAGAAAUUAGAAGAGACAAUGACAGCUACUGGCAAACCUGUUACGCUGAGCUCUCCCCAUCCAAACUGUACCUGUAUUGCCUGGACAGCAGUGGCAACCAGACUCUUCCCACCAUGUACCCGCUUGUGCAUUUUCAAAGGGUCACUGUUACUGGUAGCAUUGAAGCCAAGGUGGUGGAGGUUGUCCUGUCAGACAACUCUCAGCUGCAGCUGAAGGCAGAGUCAUCAUGGGAAGCUUUGGACUGGGGGCGGAAGCUCUGGGAAGUGAUGCGUGCUUCUGUGCCUGCUUUCACAAGACAGCCAGAGCAAGUGGAGAAUGUGCCAGAGCCUGACAAUAGCAGUGACCAUUCUCAAACUAACGGAUUGGUAGAGAAGCCCAUGGAACUUUUGCUGUCUAUGAAUUUGACUGAAAAUACUAAAGAAUACCAAAAUAUUCUCAAAUCAGGGACUCUUUAUAGGUUAACUGUCCAAAAUAACUGGAAGGCAUUUACUUUUGUCUUAAAUAGGUCUUAUUUAAUGGCAUUUCAACCUGGUAGGCUUGAUGAAGACCCUCUGCUGAGCUACAAUGUUGAUGUUUGCCUGUCAGUUCAGACAGAUACUCAAGAUGGCUGUGACUCUUGCUUUCAGGUAAUUUUUCCUCAAGAUGUCCUUCGCCUGCGUGCAGAGACCCGUCAGAGGGCUCAGGAGUGGAUGGAAGCACUGAAAACAGCAGCCAAUGCCACUAGAAGUCUAGGUCAGAACCCACAGGUCACGCUUCGAAACAAACCUGGAGAUCGACCCUUUGGAAAUGAUUUCAGGAAGAGCAAGCGCCAGUCUGUGACAACCAGCUUCCUCAGCAUCCUGACUACGCUGUCUCUAGAAAGAGGGCUCACAGUUCAGAGCUUCAAGUGUGCAGGCUGUCAGCGCUCCAUAGGCUUGUCCAAUGGCAAAGCCAAGGUGUGUAGUUACAGUGGCUGGUAUUACUGCUGUACCUGCCAUGUGGAUGACAGCUUCCUCAUUCCUGCAAGGCUGGUUCAUAACUGGGAUACUUCCAAGUACAAGGUAUCAAAGCAAGCCAAAGAGUUUCUGGAAUAUGUGUAUGAGGAGCCACUGAUUGAUAUCCAGCAGGAAAAUCCCAUGUUGUACAAGCACGUUGAAUCUCUGGCAACUGUUGUCCGCCUGAGACAGCAGUUAAAAUCUCUGCGAGCCUAUUUGUUCAGCUGCAGAGCAGCAGUGGCUGAAGAUCUACGUAGAAGGAUCUUUCCAAGAGAGUAUCUUCUUCAGCAAAUCCAUCUUUAUUCUCUGGCGGACCUCCAGCAGGUUAUUGAAGGAAAGCUGGCUCCUUUCUUGGGGAAGGUGAUCAAGUUUGCCACCUCUCAUGUGUAUAGCUGCAGUCUCUGUAGUCAAAAAGGAUUCAUCUGUGAGAUUUGUAACAAUGGAGAAAUCCUUUACCCCUUUGAGGAUAUUUCUACAAGCAGGUGUGAAAGCUGUGGUGCUGUCUUCCACUCUGAAUGCAAAGUGAAGGCUGUACCGUGUCCCAGGUGUGUGCGUAAAGAAUUGCAGAAGAAGCAGAAGUCCUUCUGGAGGCGACUGAAUAUGGAUGAAAAUUUUGAAGAGUCUUGCAACAUGUUUGAGUUGUCAUAUCAGAACACAUGAGUUCCUCAAGGCAGUGGCGAGCCUGAAGAGAACCUCUUCCCCAGCUGCCAGCUCAAGCAAUCUCUCAGCUUAGCUAGGCAGAAAUCUUUUUUGCAAAACAAUAUUUGAUCUUCUUCAGCUAUGAAUAGCAGCUGCCAAAGUAACCGUAAAGCCUUGUCGGCUUUGGAUUAUCAGUGGCUAAACUGCAUUUUGCAACGAAGUUCAGCCGCUAGCUCUCAUGCAAAACAUGGUUUACUUGAAAUGCUUUAUGUCUAGCUAAUUAAGCACUUAUCUUUUUCUUUUCCACCUCUGGAGAAGACCUUUCCUCAAGGCAGAAAGUAUUUGCUGCCAUUAAUGCAUUAUUUUUGAUGUUGUUCAUUUAGAAUUGACCAAUCAUCUACUUAUUUAUGUGUAUUAUUUACUAUUAGCCUUCGCAGAGGUUCUGGUAAAGUGUGUCACAGAAUAGGGCAGGAAUGAUUUUAAGCCCACCUGUUCCUUUUGAUACGGACACAUGGUUCCAUUUCCCUGUGUUUCCAGAGAGCUAUUUUUAAAAGAUCAGUGCAUUUACAUGUCACUCCUUGCAGAGGAAACAAAAGUACCUCUCAUCAGACCUUAUUCAGGAUGUUUGCUAGCAUAAGAUGCAGAAUAAUUUCUUUAGCUGUGUUUACAUAUUUAUAACUACCCCAGUGGAAUAUUACAUAAGCAGAUAAGCAGAGUACUUGCUGCUGUUUUUUGUUUAUGCUAACUAUAUAUCUGUCAAGCUGUGUCACUGAAGUCCAUUCUGCUUUACACUGUUUAUUCUUGAUCUGUGUGGGGUCACAUCCUCAUCUGCAGUAACAUGACAUUCCAACCUCUUGCUAGUCUUGUGUUUGAAGAACUUUUUAACUGUCCACCUUGGUUUUGUUUUUAUGAGGUGAAAUUUACUUUGCAUGUUCAUCUGACCUGAACCUACUAGAUCAAUAGUUGGGAAAGCAUUCUUGUCCAAGUUACCUAGAAUAUACCUCCAAAUUUGUGAAACAUUAGUUUGCUAUGUUCAUGUCAAACGCGUGUCCUGAGUUCUCUGGGAGCUUUAGGGAGGUUUAUACUUCUCUAGUGAUUUCUCUAGUAGAGAGCAAACUUCCUCAAGGUAUGGGUUUGCCUCAUACACAUGGAAUACGGGGAAGUACUAAAGAUGAUAAAUAUAUUAUGACAGAGAAGUACAUGAUGGAUUUUAUUGCAGUGAUGCGUAUCAUCGCUGAUAGUGUUCAGUUCAUGUGAUUUCACCUUUAAUGAGGACUUAGAGAUCUUCCUCAUUCCAGCUCGUAUUCUUAACUUUUUCUCCAGACCCUGCAGUAAUAUGUGUAUUACAUACAUAUUAAUGCAUUCAUAUAUAUAUACACACAUAUAUAUAUGCAGAAAGCAAAUAUGGUUUUUCAGAAGAAAAAAGCUAGUCACAUGCAUGUGCAUUUUUCUUCUCACACAUAGGUUUGUUAAAAUGCAGGAUACUGAUCUUUGCUUCCUAUAUGAUAUGCAGGCUGUUGUAUUCAAGGUAGAAAGCAGUAUUGAUCAUUGAAGCAGCUCACUAAUUGCUAAGUAUUUUAAAUAGAAGAGCAGGGUACAUCAUCUUACAUUAGAGGCUAGAAAGCUACAAACUGCCUUGUAUUGGAGUGUAAGUGGUUGCUUUUUCCAGCCUCCCUUGAAGAAAGUAGAGAAAGUAGCUGAAUCUGAGCUUUCUCAAAUUUCAGCAUAACUGCUAUAUAUAUAUAGAAGCAUGUUUAUAUCUGUAUACACUAGACAACCAGUGCCUUUCUUUUCCAGAAGUCUUUCUCCCAUUGGGACUCUUUGGAAGGAAGUGAGGGUUUUUCCAUGUUCUUGGCAGAGUAGUAUAGGGAUUCCUAUAUUUAAUAAACUUGGUGAACGAUGCACCUUUGUCACUAAAAUUAAUACUUCCUUUACACAGGGACAUCUGUGUUUCACGCAGCUCACUGUUCUUCAUGUGAAAUGAAUUAUUUUCAGCUGUCAUCCUUAAGGAUAUAAUGUUCCUUCCAAGUCCAUUCCCACGUGAAGAACUCCCUGCAUGUUCAUAUAUGCAAACACUGAGCAAGUCUUGUGGAAUUAGUCAUGUAAACAGGAACUACAGUGGUACUGGCUGAAUAAACAGUACACUCCCACGUUUUUCAAUGUGUGUCACUACAGCCCGUCCUGUGGCAAAGCCAGUAACUCAGACUGUCGGAAUCUGGCAAGUACUAUUUUGAUUUAACUCUAGACAUAAUGAUGGGUCAUUAAAGAAAAAAAAAGAAAGUUAUGUUUUCCAUGUCAUAAUGCUUUAGAAUUUAAGAUACUUUAUGGCACCAGUUCAUGUUCUGAUUUAGAAAAGUGUUCUUGUGUGCACUGUGGAAUACCCUACAGCAUCAAGGAAUUGAAGAUUAGGCAUUGCAAAGUAUUGAUUACUUUUAUAGAUGCCAUGAUGUCUAAAGUGUCAGUGAUGAGAGUGGCUGGAUAUUCUAGUAAAAUUCUGGAAUAACAGUGGGCAGCUUUGGAGUUGCUCUCAAUUUGUACAGCUAUUGCAGAACAGUUUUACUUUGUUAUCUGAGACUUAGAGGGGAAAAAAGCUUUUGUUGUCAGAAAAUUCAUUGGAAUUAGUGGUGAGUCUGGAACCUCUGCAUUGCCAAGGACAAGGAGCAGAGCAAAAGCAUGUUUUUUGAUAUGCUGGCAGCACCCAAAGCUUUUUGUGAAUGGAUAAUGUACAAUAUACAUUGGAAAUUACUAUUUUUAAUCCAGUGUAAUUGUAAAUGAAAUGGAUGCAUUUUUCUACCUUGAAAAAGUAAUAGAGCUUCUUCCUGUAGCUAUAAGAGCAGACUGUAAAGCGGAUGCUUUUCUCUCAGGGAUGCCUAGAUCCUAUCCAAAAGAAGUUAUUCCAUAUGGAUGAGUAGGAUGUAGUCUUCUGUUUCUGCCUUUCAAGAGCAUAAAAGCCCAGUCCUGCCUUCAGGAAUUGUUGGUGAAGUAGGAAUGAGCCUUUUUCAAUUUUUAGGGCUGUAGGAUGAAAGAAUAAAUAGAAACUACAUGUUGCUAACUCUUGAAAGACCUCAAAAGGAUGGUUUUCCUGCUUGCUGGAAGCACUGUCCAUGCUUCUGUAGGUGGUUUGGAUUUUGUAUAACACUGUAUCUUGCAUGACUUCUCUGCUAAUGUAAUGUAGUGGUGCACACUGGUCACCAAUGUACUGUUUUCCUGUUCUGUAGCCUUGUUUACGCUCUGCAGACUUCUAGGUGGGCACCAGCUGGAAAAGGACCUAGGGCCUUUCCAAAUUAUGCAUUUCUGUCCCCCACACACGUGGACAGAGGUGGAAUUUGUGUGUAUGUGCUUCUAGUCCCAUCCUGCCCAUGCAAGAAAUAAAUUUGAACAGUAGCAUUUCACUGUGAUUCAAAAAUAAAAUGUGCUGUUAGUCUCCUUGACAAAGAAGGUGCUCCCUUUACUUAAGGAGGAGGAUAAAUUGAUUUGUAGGUCCAGUUACUGCUCUAACUUUGUUGUACAGAGCUUAUAAAUCACUGUAGAGAUAGAAUGCUUCACUGCAAGGGACUGUAGCCUGACUUUACAACUAUGUAGAAAAUUAUCAUCUCGAUUUAGUUAGUCUGAGAUUAUUUAACGCAGAAUACUGUAGAUAAACUUACACAAUUCUCCCUAUUUUUCUCCUUAACCCAAACUUCUAGCUUUUUAAUGUAGAUAAACACAUAUCUAGAGAGUGCAAACUGCAGCUUUUUUGAUUUUAUCAAUCUGCAGAAUUUUGGAUCCCCCAGAAAUCUUUGUCUCUUUUGGCUGAUGAAAAAUGGUUUUAUGGUUGACAGUGUCUUGGCCUAGGAACUGGCAGUUGUGAGGGUUUCUGAUAAGAGCAGAUGCUUUUUGGUGAGGAUCUUGCAUUCUGCACAGUAUGCCCUGUCAGAAGUGAGUCGUCAGAGUACCUCUAGAGCUGCUCAUAUGGAGUCUCGUCUUAGUAAAUAAUACUAGGAUACUGUGUGCAUUAUAAUGGAUUUAUGAUCAUGUCCUGAAGGACUUUAAAAAAAAAAACAAAACAACAGAGGAUGUCUGCUGAUGGGGAAGCUGCACAGUUGUAUUUUGCUUUUUCCCUGUAGCAACAGAAGCCACUGAGUUUCCUGGGCUUUCCAAGGUCAUGAUCUGUACUGCAGCUGACUGUUGAUCUCGCUAAAAGAAAAUUAAUUGAAUAAUCAUCAUAAUCUUAUCUCUUGUUUCUGCUGCUCAGAGGCAAGCCAGUCCCCUCUUUCUUUCUUUCUUUCUGUCUCUGUCCCUGCCUUGGCUCACAGUGCUGAGCCUCUGGCUAGGCUUCAGCUUCAUAGCUGAUGACUUUGCUUUUGAGCUAGUCAAGUUCGAUCGCUUUCUCCUUCAUAAUUUGCCUUCCAAUUUUCCCUUCCCAGUAGGAGUGCCUUACAGUACUGUAUAUUAGUUUCUAUCUUCCUGUUUUGGAUUUCCUGAUUGAAUCUGCUUGUUUGAUUAACUUGUAGGCUUAAACUGGAACUCUCCUGUGGCUGCACAUGCUCUUUUGCUGGGGCAGCUGAAUAAAUCAAUUUGCUUGUUCUGUCCUCAUGAAGUAUGCUCUGCAGGCUGUAUAUACCAGCUCUGAAGAUACCAAGCUGCAUGGAAAUGCCUCACUUUUGCUUAAUCUGGUGCCUUAAAUUUCCAACAAUGAAGAAUUUUGUCAGGAAUGCUCUGCCAUGAUGGAGCAUGUUUGGUGUUAGAGCUCUAAACCCUUGCUCAUGGCAAUUUCCAUCUUGCUAGGAGUGGUUAGCAUAAAAUUUGUUUACUAUCUGUGCUUUGAGAGGGAAAUGUGAGAAAAGAUAGCAUUGGGGGGCUGGGGAGAGGGCAUUGUUUUUAUUACCUUCAUUUUGGAGACUAGCUGGGCUUUUUUUCAUAUACAAAUGAGGUUGUGCUAAUGUGAGAACAUCAGUGCUGUGGAUAUAUAAUAAUAAUGGCAUUAAGGCAGGAUCAGGUAACAUGCAACUUUGCUCCUCCCGGAACCACUGGCUGGCCUGUGCCAUGUGAUGAGAGGGUUCCACGUGGUAAAGCUGGGUUUGUGGCAGUGAGGGCAUUUACUCAAACUUUAGUUUUAAUUCAGUCGUCUUUCGUGAAAGCUAAGCCUCUGGGGUUUUUUGUCAGCAUUACCUUAGGGAGAGAGUUAACCUGCUUAAAUAUGAGCAUUAUUUGUUAAAGUCUACAGCGAACCUCAUCCUGUGUGUGUUCAUCUUGGGCACAUGUCUGUACUAACUGGGAUCUUUUAAGGCCACUUUUGACCCCAAGUAGCAGAAUCCCCAUUUGGCAGUGGCACUGUUUUCCCUGCACUUUAAUAGUGUAGUGAACAGACAGCCUGGAUGAUAGAUAGUGUGCAAAGUCCUUCUUUACUUGAAAACCCUGGUGUGCAAACACUGGCUUGGGUCAUAUCUUAAUAUGCAGGUUUCUUCCUGGACACUGAGGUGGCCAUUAAGUCAGCUCAGAAUGCCAUUUGUGGGCAGCAUUGGAGAACUUUGGGCCUGGAAGGCUAUUAACUGACCAGGACCAACGUCUGUUAGGUCUCAUCCACAUACACAGCUGUAAUUGGCUCAGUAAUUUUUGUCUUAUUUUUGUCUAAUAUGUGUGUUGAAGCAAUGUAAGUCAUUGAAUGCAUAGCACUGUACUGGUGGAGAAAGGAUUUAUUUCAGUUUUGCUUAUGCACUUGAUCUUGCUCCAACUAAAGUGUUUUCAGACUGAUUUUGAGUGGCACUGAUACCUCUGAUGCUAGGUAGGCUUAUACCAGGCCCUUCUGUACUUGAGCCAAGCAAAAGUAAGAAUUAAUGAGCAAAAUGCACAUUUGAAGAGGUAAAGGCAGUUUCCAGAUAAGUACCAGUCGAGUUGAAGCAGUUUGAGGCCGAGGGAAGCCAGGCAUGAUAGGCAGAGCUCAGGGUUUGGUACUGGCUCCUUUGGCUUGGCCUUACUUCCCACCAGCGCUCCUGCUCACCUGCAGCACCGUAAGUUGUUUGAAAACAAUUAUAUGUGUGUGCUACUUCAUCUGUUAAUUUAUUGGCAACAUUGUUGUGUGUGUUUCAUUGGUCUUUUGUUUAUUUUGUGGUUUUUUUGUUGUUGUUGUUUGGGUGUUGUUUUACUUUUGACAAGGAUUUUGUUUAAAUUAUCUGCAAAUACUAGGCAAUGGUCUUAAUUUAUUAUUGAUGUGUAAUAAUGUAAUUUAACUUCGGUGAGUUGAAUUGCUUGUUGAUACUUGAGCAGGGUUUAUUUGGAUUCACUUGUGACAGCAUCAGAGCAUCAGUCCCUUCUGUAUAAAGGCAUCUCUCAAUAAACACUACAAAAAUUA